AUGGUGAAUGAGAAACUUAUUUUAUUUGGUGUCAAUUCUCUUCUGACUGCACCCCUCGAACCAGUGAAAUCGGUUGAAGAAUUUCGAACGUCUGAACAUUUUCUCAAUAUUAUAUCUCAAAUGUAUGGAAAAAAACCCUGUUUUCUCUUAGUUUAUAGUACUAUCGUUCUAUUUAGUGAAGCACAAAAAUUUGCUGAAACACGUAUCAAUACUCCACCAUCGAGCGAGAAUGUUCAAAAUAAAUUCAAAUUCAUCCUCGACUACCUUUCAAAACAAUCAACAUCUUCAAUCAUUGAAUGGAAUAUUAAUGAAUUGAUACAAGGAAAUGAUGUUCUACUUUCGAAAAUGGCAUUACUCGUUGUAUUUGCUGCCCAUGCUGAUACUUAUUUCUAUUCGAAAUCACUCGAUACCGAUGAAGCUCAACAUGAACAAUUAGCUGCCCUAUUCGAUUUACAUAUGAUCGAAGGAACACAAAAUAAUCCGUAUCAAUUGAAUGUUGAUGCUUGUUUGAAAGACGAUUCCGGAGGUGCACAACCAAAACAAACAACACCCGUUAUAAGAAAACGUCGUAAUACACAGAUUUGUAAUUUAAAUGAUUCAUUAAAUAAUGCAAGUCGUUCAUCAAUGCUCGAUCGAAGUUUUACUCGUUCACCUGGACAAUCUCAAGCUGCUGCCGCUGCUACUCAACAAGCACGUGUUCUGCAAGAAGAUUUAUUCAAAGUUCAAUAUGAACUGGAUGAUCUUCAACAUAAAUAUGGUGGUCUUGAAAAAAGUUACCAUGAAUUAAAGGAUAAAAAUCGUGAAUUAUCCGAAAAAGUUCUUCGGCAAACCGAUUACGAUAUAAUUAAAGAUGAACGUAAUAGACUUCGUGAAGAUGUACAUCGCUUUGAAGUCGAAAAUAAACGACUUCAAGGAGCGAAAGAAAAUGCUCUCGAUCUACAACAACGUCUACAACAAUAUCAAAAGAAAAACGAUGAAAUGCAUGACAAAAUUGGCACACUUGAAAGAAAACUUCGUGAAACUAAACAACAAUGCGAAGAGUAUAGUAAAAAAAUCAUCAAUCAAAAUGCUGAUAUUUUACUGUUGUCAUCAGCCAAUGAACGUGUUAAAAUGUUAGAAAUAGAAAACCAACAAAUGAAAAUCUUCAAAGAACAACGUGAAUCAGAGUUGCUAAGACAAAUUCGUCAUUUACAAGAUGAUAAAGAAGAAUUACAGAAAAAACUUGAUGAACCAAUGACAACGAUCGACACACCAUUGAUUGUCGCGGAAAAACGAGCAUUAGAAGAAGAAUUACACGCACUUAAAAUGUCAUUUUAUGAUCGACGUGAAGCCGAUACUGAAAUUGAAGCAUUUAAACAAACAAAUAAACAACUUGAAGAACAAAUGGAACAACUUAGAAAUGAAUGCCAAGAAUUAUAUAAACAAAAACAUGAAUAUGCCGAAGAACAAAUUUCACUUCGAAAUGAACUCAAUGCACAAAUUGAAACAUAUGAAAAUAAAUUGGCUGCAUCAACGAAACUGGUCGAAGAAUUCAAACGAGAAAACGCCAAAAUUACCGAUGAAUGUUAUCUUCUCCGAAGUGAAAUCGCCUCUUUGAAAAGUAAACUCCACGGGCAAAGCGGUGAACUUAAUUCUGAAAUUGUUAAAUCUUUUGAUUUACGACAUCAACUUGGUUUGCUCAAUGAGCAAGUUUCAUUGAAAUCGGCUGAACUUAUAAGUCUUUUAACAAAAAUUGAUUCGCUCAAAGUUGAAAUCGAUCAUGUUAAACUCGAUCGCGAUAAUAGUCAAUCACGUUUAAUUGAUUUACAAAUGCAAUACGAUAAAUUAACGAAUACAUGUUCAAUGUAUGAAAGUAAACUAAAUGAACAAGAAGAACGUGAGACUCAACUUAAACUACAAGUUCAACAAGUACGCGAAAUGCAUGAAAAUAUUCUUCAAGAAAAAGUACGUUCACAAACCGAAUAUACCGAUGCACAAAUGAAAGUUUCGAAAGCAGAACAAGCGUUGAAAGAUAAAAUUGAAGAAGUCGAAAAUUUGAAAAAAGCUGCACGAUUGUAUAGUCAAGAUAUUAAAGAACUUGAAAAAUAUGGUGAAGAUUUACGUGAACAUUAUGAAAAAUCGAAAGUUGUACACAGAAAGACUGAACAAGAAUUAAACGAAAUAAAAUCUGUUUAUUCGAAAACCGUGUCAGAUUAUGAAGAAUUACAAAAGCAAUGUUCACUUCUUAAAACUCGUUGUCAUCAUUUGGAAAGUGAACGUUUGCCGUUAAUUGCUCAACUUGAAUUUGCUGAUAGAAAUUUACGACAAGUUAAGAAACAGCAACAGCAACAGCAACAACAACAACAACAACCAGUAAUAACAACAAGUACAACAGUUCACCAUCAUCCGCCGACAGCAUCAAAUCCUAUUUUACAAUCAAUUGAAAAUAAUAAUAAAUCUGUUUCGCGUCUUGUUCGUUCACCGAGUCUUGAUAUGCGUAUUAUGCGUCGUACAAAUGAAAAAAUGGAUGAUACACGAUCAUUAGAUCAUGAUGAUUUAGCAUUACUUUUACAUAAAAAUCAAUCUUUCAAUAAUUUUCCUUUAAAUGGCCGUUCAAUUGAUCAUAUCACAAAAUAUGAAAUUGAAAAUGAAGAUGAGCCUAUUAAUCUUGAUUUGGGUCCUGUUGAUUAUACGCGACGAAUAACAGAAUUACAACGUCGAAAUCUUAGUCAACCGAAACAUUUACGUACAGCAUAUGCACUAGAAACAAUGGAUCAUGAUCCGGAUGAUUUCUCAGCAAGUUUUAUUCGUAAAGGUGCCGUUAUGAAUGAUGAACAAGAAGGAACAAAUUCAGCAACACGACAAAGAAUUAAUAAUGAAAAUCAAAAAGGAUCAGAAACACCAAAAGCUUCUCGUUUCAAGAAUUUAUUUCAUCGAAAAUGA